AUGUUUGCUGUCCACUUGCUAGCUUUCCAUUUCACAAAGCUAAAAGAGGACCAAAUAAAAAAGGUUGACAGGUACCUGUACCACCUGCGCCUCUCCGAUGAUGCCUUGCUGGAUGUGAUGGCUCGAUUCCAAGCUGAGAUGGUGAAGGGCCUGGGCAGAGACACGAACCCCACGGCAACAGUGAAAAUGCUGCCCUCAUUUGUGCGCUCUCUGCCCGAUGGCUCAGAGAAGGGUGACUUCCUUGCUGUGGACCUCGGUGGCUCCCAGUUCCGUGCUCACCGGGUGAAGGUGUUUGAUGACGGGAGGCAGAGCAGCCAGCUGGAGAGCAAGUUUUACCCCACACACAAGGAGGUCACACAGGGGAACGGAGCCGAGCUCUUUGAUUAUGUUGCUGACUGCCUGUCAGACUUCAUGGAGACCAAAAACCUGAAGCAUAAGAAGUUGCCUCUUGGCUUUACGUUUUCUUUUCCAUGCAAACAGACCAAAUUGGAAGAGGGGGUUCUUCUAGCAUGGACAAAACACUUCAGGGUCAGAGGAGUUCAGGACACAGACGUGGUCAGCUCUCUGCGCAAGGCCCUCCAGAAGCACAAGGACAUAGAUGUUGAUGUUUUGGCACUGGUCAAUGACACGGUGGGAACCAUGAUGACUUGUGGAUAUGAUGACCAGCGCUGUGAAGUUGGACUCAUAAUUGGGACUGGCACCAAUGCUUGCUACAUGGAGGAGAUGAGGCACAUCAGCCUGGUGGAAGGGGAUGAAGGCAGGAUGUGCAUCAACACAGAAUGGGGGGCCUUUGGAGAUGACGGUGCUUUGGAUGACCUCCGCACUGAGUUUGAUCGGGAGCUGGAUCUGGGAUCUCUCAAUCCUGGAAAACAAUUGUUUGAGAAGAUGAUCAGCAGCCUGUAUUUGGGGGAACUUGUAAGACUGAUUCUCCUAAAAAUGACAAAGGAAGGUCUGCUCUUCAAUGGGAAAGUGUCAACAGCUCUGCUUACUAAGGGCAAGAUUGAAAUGAAACACGUGUCUGCAAUGGAAAAGUACAAGGAAGGUCUGAGCAACACAAAAGAGAUCCUUAUGGAGCUGAACCUGUUUCCCUCUGAGGAGGACUGCGUUGCUGUUCAGCACGUCUGCACCAUCGUUUCCUUCCGCUCGGCCAACCUCUGUGCCGCCGCCUUGGCAGCCAUCCUGACCCGGCUCAGGGAGAACAAAAAGCUGCUGAGGAUGCGAACCACUGUUGGGAUUGAUGGGGGACUCUACAAAACCCACCCCAAGUAUGCCAAGCGCCUGCACAAGGUGGUGAGGAGGCUGGUGCCCACGUGCGACGUGCGGUUCCUGCUGUCGGAGGGCGGCAGCGGCCGGGGGGCCGCCGUGGUCACGGCCGUGGCACGCAGGUUGGCUGCCCAGCGCCGCCGCGUCGACGCCGCGCUCGCGCCCUUCCUGCUGCCCCCGGGCACCCUCCGAGAGGUGAGGGACAAAAUGAGGGCUGAGCUGGAGUACGGGCUCAAGAGGGAGACGCAAGCCAAGGCCACCGUGAAGAUGCUGCCCACGUACGUCUGUGGGACGCCAGAUGGAACAGAGAAAGGGAAGUUCCUCGCCCUCGAUCUUGGUGGCACAAAUUUCAGGGUUCUGCUGGUCAAAAUCAAAAGCGGGAGAAAAAGAUCAGUGCAAAUGUAUAACAAAAUCUUUGCUAUUCCUUUGGAGAUCAUGCAAGGGACAGGAGAAGAGCUCUUUGACCAUAUUGUCCAGUGCAUAGCUGAGUUUCUGGAGUAUAUGGGGAUUAAAGGUGCUCGGCUUCCUCUGGGCUUCACCUUCUCCUUCCCCUGCAGGCAAGCCAGCAUUGACAAGGGAACACUUGUGGGAUGGACAAAAGGAUUCAAGGCAACAGACUGUGAGGGGGAAGAUGUUGUUGAUAUGCUAAGAGAGGCCAUCAGGAGAAGAAAUGAGUUUGACUUGGACAUUGUAGCAGUGGUGAAUGACACUGUUGGGACCAUGAUGACUUGUGGAUAUGAGGAUCCAAACUGUGAGAUUGGCCUUAUUGCAGGAACAGGCAGCAAUGUUUGCUACAUGGAGGACAUGAAAAACAUAGAAAUAGUGGAAGGGAAUGAAGGAAAAAUGUGCAUUAAUACAGAAUGGGGAGCGUUUGGUGACAAUGGCUGCAUUGAUCACAUCAGGACAAAAUAUGAUAUAGAAGUAGAUGAAGGCUCACUAAACCCAGGGAAACAGAGGUAUGAAAAAAUGACCAGUGGAAUGUACCUAGGUGAAAUAGUAAGGCAAAUCUUGAUUGACUUAACCAAACAAGGGCUGCUGUUCAGAGGACACAUUUCGGAAUCACUCAGGAAAAGAGGCAUAUUUGAAACAAAAUUUCUGUCUCAGAUUGAGAGUGACCGGCUCGCCCUCCUCCAAGUGCGGCACAUCCUGCAGCAGCUGGGCCUGGACAGCACCUGUGAGGACAGCAUCAUUGUCAAGGAGGUGUGUGGAGUUGUUUCCAGAAGAGCUGCCCGGCUCUGUGGGGCAGGGCUGGCUGCUAUUGUGGAGAAGAAGAGGGAGAACCGAGGUGUGGAGCGCUUGCAAAUCACCGUUGGAGUAGAUGGGACUCUGUACAAGCUCCAUCCACAUUUUUCCACGGUCCUGCAGGAAACCGUGAAGGAGCUGGCACCUCAGUGUGAUGUGACUUUCAUGCUUUCUGAAGAUGGAAGUGGGAAGGGAGCUGCCCUCAUUACUGCAGUUGCAAAAAGAUUGCAUAAUGUUGGACAGAAGUAGAAAUGAGUGGUCAAGUAAUUUCAGCCCUGCCAGGCGUGUGCAGUAGGGAUUUGCUGAGUGGUGAUUCAGGAUAGCUUUGCCAGACACCAGUACACAGGUACCUUUUUUGGGGGGGAGCAGCUGAUUUUGGCCAACAAAGAUUGUGGAUUUUUGUCCUUGGGUAAUUUGGAUUAGGUGUUUCUGCUCCCUGCUGGCAUUAUGUCUCGGCAUACCACAGUCUACUCAGUUCUGUACUUCCUGCCAUGGAUCUCUAAUGCACAUGGGAGAGUGAAAACAAACCAAACCAAACAAAAUGUUCCUUUUUACAACAUCUUAA